CAGUUAGCUAGCUGGAGCUAUAAUAACGUUACAUAAGUCAAUACUUAGAAAUAGUCCUUAAGAUAGAUUAUAGUUAACUAUUUAUAUAGUACUUUAAGGUGCUCUGUGGCGUUUAUUCGAGCUCUGUUGCUCGCCAUCGUUUGGUUAGGUUAGGUUGUUGGCCGACACCAUCUCCAAAGUCUGUAAUGGAUUUGACAAUUUUACUUUCCUUGCUAGUGUGCAAAGUAAACUAUACGGCUUCGGACAUAAAUAAAUGUACUUUACAAAUGUAGGCGAAACACGUUUAAAUUCGGCUAGGAAACAACAAACGAACAAAAACAAAUCAUCGUAAAAGUUGAACUUGUAAAUGAUAUCUAUGCCUCGAAACAACGUUACAUUAACAUCGAUAAAGCUAGGCUAACGUUAUACUGGCAUUGCUGGUAAUGUUGGGGUCUUGUUUUAACAUUUAGGAAAGUGUCUUUUGGGGACUGUUUUGCUCUGAGCCUUCUUGUUGAUGUUGCUAUUAGUUGUAUAAGUUGUAUGUGCUGUUGUGUGGAGCUGAGUAAAGGUGAGGAGGGCAUAGGAAGCACAGACUGAUACCCUAACAUAAGUGCAUAUACUUUAAUGGGUACAGUCCAUUUCAGACCCGUUAUCACCAUCAUUUAAAUGUAAAUUAUGUUCAUGUUUGGUGAAGAUUAUUACAUCACUUAUUUUGAAAUUGUGAAGUUAUGUGAAUAACACCUUCACCAGGUUCUCUCCUCUGCGGUUUGAAGCCUGAUGGAACAGAAAAUUCUCUUUAUAAGUAACAUAGUACUUUCAUGUUGGUUACUGUCGUCACUUACAGGUUGUAUAUAAUUUCAUUUAACCAUCAGAAUCAGCUUCAAACCACAAGGGGGAACCAGCUGAGUAGAAGUGCUUGUCACAUUUUAGAUCAGAACUACCCGAGCAGUGUGCAGUCAUGUGGCCUGUGCUUUGGACGGCGUUACGGACCUAUGCCCCUUAUGUCACCUUCCCAGUGGCCUUUGUGGUGGGAGCAGUGGGUUACCACCUGGAGUGGUUUGUCCGGGGCACCCCUAAACCUCGAGAGGAGAAGGGCAUCCUGGAACUACGGGAGGAGAGGAAACUGCAGGAACAAGUGGGUAUGGACAGCACACAGGUGCUUAGCCUGAAAGAGAAACUGGAGUUCACACCCAAAGCGGCUCUGAACAGGAACCGACCCGAAAAGAGCUAACCCGCGUUGGUGUGAGGGACUCGCAUUCGCCCUCUCUCAGCAGGAGGGCACUGCACAGGGAGCAGAAGGGGGUGAACCAGAGGGCAAAAACACCCAUUCAGCCAUACAUUCUCACUCCUGAGCACCCAAAAGCAUCCGCUUGCCAGUGUAA